UUUUUUUUUAAUUUGUAGGGGAAUCGUCGGGUUCUAGCUCAUUUUCUUAUAAUUAUAUACGUAGCUUGAUUAGCAAUAAAGUUUGAAUAUGUCUAAGAUAAAGAGAACAAAUCCACUUGUCAAAUCAAAUAUCAGCAAGUUGGAUUGGUAAUGUUCACUUUUUCUCAUCUAGCAUCUGAGAUUUCCUUUCCGACAAGAAAGUCUUCUGCCCUUGGCCCGGUCGCAAGUCUUGUAUAAAUAUCUUCACUCUUCCAAGCAAUCCAAUCAUCUCUCGACUCACCAUCCUCGCACGCAGGCGCAAUAUAACAUGGUAAGGGAUAGAAUCCAUAAUUAAUGGAGAAGAUUGAGCACAUCACAGUAGCCACAAAUGGCAUAAACAUGCACGUAGCAACUAUAGGGACCGGCCCAGCAAUCCUCUUCUUACAUGGGUUCCCUGAACUCUGGUACUCUUGGCGACACCAGCUCCUCUCUCUCUCUUCCCUUGGUUAUCGUUGCUUAGCCCCUGAUCUUCGCGGCUUCGGAGACACUGACUCUCCCCCAUCCGUUAAUGACUACACGGGGCUCCACGUCGUGGGAGAUCUCGUCGGCCUCCUUGAUGCCUUCGGGAUCGAGCAAGUGUUUCUGGUGGGCCAUGAUUGGGGGGCUCUGAUUGCUUGGUAUUUCUGCUUGUUUAGACCUGAUAGAAUCAAGGCCUUGGUCAACACCAGCGUUGCCUUCUCCCCCAGGAAUCCACAGCUAAAGCCUUUGGAGGGGCUCAGGGCGGUUUACGGCGAUGAUUACUACAUCUGCAGGUUUCAGGAACCAAUAGAGGCUCAUGAGGAGUUUGCUGGAGUCGAUACUGCAACAAUGUUAAGAACUAUUUUUACAAUUCGCGAUCCUAACCCACCUCGUCUACCAAAGGGAAAAGUAUACAGAGCAUUACCAGAUCUUCCCUACAGCUUGCCCUCUUGGCUAACUGAAGAAGAUAUCAAUUACUACGCUAUCAAAUUUAACCAGAAAGGUUUCACUGGGGGAUUGAAUUAUUACCGAAGCGUCAACUUAGCCUGGGAGCUGAUGGCGCCAUGGACAGGAGCAGUAAUCAAAGUACCAGUUAAGUUCAUUGUAGGGGACCUGGACACUGCCUACCAUCUUCCUGGUGUAAAGGAUUACAUAGCAAACGGUGGGUUUAAAAAAGAUGUGCCACUUUUGCAGGAAGUAGUGAUAAUGGAAGGAGUGGGCCAUUUCAUUAACCAAGAAAAAGCGGAGGAAGUCGCCCAACAUAUCUAUGACUUUAUAAAACAGUUCUGACCAGGAAUUGGUCGGCAUCUCUGCUUCAUGCGUGGCCUCUAGUUGCUUGCUUCCAUGUCACAAUAUUAUUCAAUUUAAAUCUCUUCCUAGUCAACACUACAUCAUAGCUUAGUGGGAAUAAAGUGUUCAAGUCGUUUUUUUUUUUAAGCUAACUAUAAUAUAAUGAGUUUCCUUUGUCUGUA